ACUAGCUAACCUUUUUUUUUUUUUUGUUCUUAUAAACUUUUUUGUUUUUUUGUUUUACAGUCAAUAACUCUCAAUAGAGUGUAACGGAGAGAUUCUUCUUCCUGGAUAGCUCUCUUUUUUUUUUCUCUUCGUCUUCUUCCUCCGAAAUCUAAUCUCAUUACAGCUUCGUUUAAGUUUUUCUUCGUCUUCCCUUUGGAUCUAUGUGAAUAGUAUGGACUAAAGCUCUGAGGUAAGCUUGGAAAGUAAGGAUAAGGCCAAAACCUCUUUGGUUUACCAACUUAGCAAAAAAGUUAGCAGGAGUUGGUGAACAGUUCUCCCUACCGGCUUUUGCAGGCUAAAUUAACUAGUACCUGACUGACUGGAAAAAUUAAUCUUUCAAGCUAUUCAAGCACAAAGGACUUUGCUUUUACUGGUUUUGUGACUCUGCACAAGGAGAUUGUGAUAGAAAAAGAGGAGGAGGAAGAGGAUGUCAAGUGUUCGAAAUACCCAUUGGUGUCACAGAUGUCAGCGUGCUGUUUGGCUUCGAGCUCGAGAUGCUGUCUGUUCGUAUUGUGGAGGAGGAUUUGUUGAGGAAAUCGAUCUUGGACCGAGUAGUCCCUUUGAUAUGCUUAGAGCUCAAAGGGAUGUUGAGCGUGAUCCAACCUUUGAUCUCAUGGAAGCUUUCUCUGCUUUUAUGAGAACCCGCUUAGCUGAAAGAAGCUAUGAACGAGAAAUCACCGGAAGACUUGGUGGCUCUGCAGCCGGUUCUGAAAGCUUUUCAAACUUAGCUCCUCUAUUGAUCUUUGGUGGUCAAGCUCCCUUUAGAUUGGCUGGUGGAGAUAAUAAUCAUUCAGUUGAAGCUUUUGUCAAUGGUGCAGCACCUGGAAUUGGUAUCACACGUGGCACCAACGCUGGAGACUAUUUCUUCGGUCCUGGUCUUGAAGAACUGAUCGAACAGCUUUCAUCUGGCACUCAUCAUCGAGGUCCACCACCAGCACCAAAAUCAUCAAUUGAUGCAUUGCCAACGAUCAAGAUCACACAGAAGCAUCUCAAGUCAUCAGACUCUCACUGCCCGGUUUGCAAGGACGAGUUUGAACUGAAAGCAGAAGCAAAACAGAUGCCGUGUAACCACAUCUAUCAUUCUGACUGCAUUGUCCCGUGGCUGGUUCAGCAUAACUCAUGCCCAGUCUGCCGUAAAGAGUUACCAUCAAGAGGAUCUUCUUCAAGCACACAGAGUAAUCAGAACAGAAGCACCAGUGGAAGAGAAAACAACAGAAGAAGGAAUAUUUUCUCUAACCUCUGGCCAUUCCGCUCGUCUAGCUCAAGCUCGGGUCAAAACCGUAGAGAAACAAACAACACAGCGACUGCAGAAGAAGGGCACUAUCAUCAUCAUCACCAGCAGCAACAACAACAACAUCAACAUCAACAUCAUCAACAACAGUCCCAUAUGGGUUACAGUGGAUGGCCUUUUGACUAUUAAAGGUUAAUCUAACUCUUUGACUCCUUUUAAGCCCAUUCUGUUUCACUUUGGUCUCUUUGUAUUUUGUUUUUGCUUUGUCAUAUGUCUUUCUCUUACUUUUGUUGUUCAUUUGUUUACUGUAGAUCUUCUGUUUCUGUGUUUUAUGGUUUAUCAACUUUGAGUUUUAAUUCUGGGAUAGUGUGUAUCUCACACACAUGUUAGCUUGUUAUUGAAUUUGCAUUAAAUAAUUUUUAUUAUAUAGAGACUUGUGUAUGUUUCGGCUGGCGGCCAACC